AUGCUCUUGGACGAUUGCGUUGAGAAACGACACUCAACUCGAAGCUUUCUCAAAAAGCCCAUUCCGCGGUCAGUUCUUGAACGAGCUUUGACAUUGGCAAAGAACGCACCAUCAAGUUCCAAUAUACAACCAUGGCGCUUAAUUAUCGUGGAAGGCGCUGCACGUGACCGUCUUGCUGCUUCUCUUUGUACUGCUGCAACACAAGGGGGUCCCUUUGUUCCACCGAUUCCAGCGGCCUUCCAGCACUACCGAUCAAAUUACGGGAAGGGGUUAUAUGGUGAUGUUCUGGGAAUUUCCAGAAAUGACCAUGUACGCUUGCAGGCGGCUCAAUUGCGUAAUUACAAUUUUUUCGAUGCCCCGACAGAAAUAAUUGUGGCUAUGCACAAGGACCUGGCUAUAGCAGAUGCCUUGAGUGUAGGAAUGUAUUUGCAAACACUUCUACUCGGUUUAGCCCAAGAGGGGAUUGCAUCAUGCUGCCAGGUAGCUGUCGCCGGCUAUCCUGAAAUUUUGAGAAGAGAGUUGGACGUACCAGAUCAUUUGGAGAUCAUUUGUGGAGUUGCAGUUGGGUACGAGGACGCGGACUCGGAAAUCAACUCAUACAGGGCACAGAAAGAGGAAUUUACUGCAGUUACAAGAUUUAUCAGCAUCUAG